CCUCCCGUUUCCCAGAAUCCAAGAUGGCGGGAUCCAGGCAAAGGGGUUCCCGGGCUGGAGCUCGGCCGCUGUUCUGCGCUUUGCUGCUGUCGCUCUGUCGUUUCGUCGGGGGCGACGGCGUGGGAGGCCACCCGGCAGCUGCCGGCGCCACGGGCACCCCAGGCGCGCAGCCACAUCGGCGUUUCGAGUACAAAUACAGCUUCAAGGGACCGCACCUGGUGCAGAGCGACGGGACCGUGCCCUUCUGGGCCCACGCGGGGAAUGCUAUUCCAAGUUCAGAUCAAAUUCGAAUAGCACCAUCUUUAAAAAGCCAGAGAGGAUCGGUGUGGACAAAGACAAAAGCAGCCUUUGAGAACUGGGAAGUUGAGGUGACAUUUCGAGUGACUGGAAGAGGUCGGAUUGGAGCUGAUGGCCUGGCAAUUUGGUAUACAGAAAAUCAAGGCUUGGAGGGUCCUGUGUUUGGAUCAGCUGAUAUGUGGAAUGGUGUUGGAAUAUUUUUUGAUUCUUUUGACAAUGAUGGAAAGAAAAAUAAUCCUGCAAUAGUGAUUAUAGGCAACAAUGGACAAAUUCAGUAUGACCAUCAAAAUGAUGGUGCUAAUCAAGCUUUAGCAAGUUGCCAAAGGGACUUUCGUAAUAAACCCUAUCCUGUCCGGGCAAAGAUUACGUAUUACCAGAAAACAUUGACAGUAAUGAUCAAUAAUGGCUUCACACCAGACAAAAAUGAUUAUGAAUUUUGCACCAAAGUGGAAAAUAUGAUUAUCCCUGCACAGGGGCAUUUUGGAAUAUCUGCUGCAACUGGAGGUCUUGCAGAUGACCAUGAUGUCCUUUCUUUUCUGACUUUCCAGUUGACUGAGCCUGGGAAAGAGCCGCCUACACCAGAUAAAGAAAUUUCUGAGAAAGAAAAAGAAAAGUACCAGGAGGAAUUUGAGCACUUUCAACAAGAAUUGGAUAAAAAAAAGGAGGAAUUCCAGAAGGACCACCCUGACCUUCAAGGGCAGCCUGCAGAUGAAUUAUUUGAGAGUGUAGGAGAUCGUGAGCUGAGACAAAUCUUUGAAGGACAGAAUCGUAUUCAUCUUGAAAUCAAGCAGCUGAACCGACAGUUAGAUAUGAUUCUUGAUGAACAGAGAAGGUAUGUCUCUUCCUUGACGGAGGAGCUCUCUAAAAGAGGAGCAGGAAUCCCAGGGCAGCAUGGACAGACCACUCAACAAGAACUGGAUACUGUUGUGAACACUCAGCAUGAGAUUCUGAGACAAGUAAAUGAAAUGAAGAAUUCCGUGAGUGAAACUGUCAGACUGGUCAGUGGCAUACAGCAUCCUGGAUCUGCAGGGGGCGUUUAUGAGACAACCCAGCACUUCAAUGACAUCAAAGAGCACCUCCACAUAGUGAAGCGGGACAUAGAUAACUUAGUGCAGCGAAAUGUGCCAUCAAAUGAAAGACUGAAAUGUCCAGAACUACCGCCAUUUCCAUCGUGUUUAUCUACGGUGCACUUUGUUGUAUUUGUAGUGGUACAAACGGUGUUAUUCAUUGGUUAUAUCAUGUAUAGGACUCAGCAAGAAGCAGCUGCCAAAAAAUUCUUUUGAUCACCAUUUUCAUAUGUGUACAUCAUGUAUGUAUGUACAAAAUGUCUUUUUGAGGGAAUUUAAGUAUUUAAAUUGCUUCGUAGUCUAAAUUAUUAAAUUUUGUAUAAAAUAACUGUUUGAACAUUGACUUGAAUAAGAAUAAACCUUAAAGACAACCA